GCUCCCUCUUAGCUAUUUCUCCUCCCAUUUCCACGAAACUUCGCGACUAAAUUUCUCAUUUUCUCUUUAGGGUUUUGAUCAAUUUGCAUUUUGGUACCAUAAAGUUCUGAUCUUUGAUUCAGUAUCAGGGAAUGUACAAUUUCUUGAAAAUUUUCUAAGGAUUUUAACUUAAAAUUUGUUUUAAAGGAUACUAUAAAUGGAUUCUGAUUCUUGGAUUCGUCUCUCUACUUCUUCACGACGUAAUCAAUCUCGUUCAGACUUCUAUAAUAUAGGAGAAGAGUAUGAGGGUGAAGAGGAGUCAAGGCCGGAGUUUCUAUGCCCUUUCUGUGGCGAGGAUUUUGAUAUUGUUGGCCUUUGCUGUCAUAUCGACGACGAGCAUGCUAUUGAGGCUAAGAAUGGGUCACAAAUUCUUUCUUUUUUUCCGUAAUGGUGGUGUCCCGGCCAAUUUGCGCGCAUCUCGACUAAUCCACCGGAUAUGCCCCGUUUGUGCAAAAAAGGUCGGGGUGAAUUUGGUUGGGCAUAUUACUCAGCAACAUGGAAAUAUUCUAAAGGUGCAGCGCAAGAGACGAUUUCGUAGGGGUGGAUCUAAUUCAACUCUUUCUAUUUUAAGAAAAGAGCUGAGAGAAGGAAGUCUACAAUCCAUCCUCAGGGGAUCCUCGCACUUGAUUUCUUCCUCAACUACAGAUCCUGAUCCCUUGUUAUCUUCAUUCAUUAACAGUUCAGCUUUGGUUGAUGAACCUCCUGAAGUUCAACCUCUGUCUUCUGCUAAAGCAUGCUCAACACAAGAUAGCGCUGUUGAGAACCUGUCUGACAGAAAUUUCCAGCCAUCUCCACUAUCUGAGGAAGAUCAAGAAGAGAAGGCUAGAAAAAGUAAGUUUGUGCAAGGGCUUUUGCUAUCGACCUUUCUUGAAGACGACUUCUAAUUUAACAGAGGAUUUGCUUGUAGUAGUAGCUAUUAUAUAAUAACUUGUAAUGUAGCUCGGCGAAAAAAAGAGAUGCAGCCAAUCUGUAGUAGUUAGCCAAGAAGAACUCUGAAAAUAGUCGCAGUGUAUGUAGUUCUGUAUGUAUAUGAUAAAGACUAUUACUUUUCCACGUUCGACAGUAUGCAAUAUAUUUCUAAUUUAAGAGUA